CUGACAGAAGACCGUACUGGAACUGGAAGUCACGGAUGUGCGAAAAUAAUCGUGUGAGACUGAUUUGGGGUACAAUUGUACAGUCAGAAGAAGGAACGAAUGGUGGUAUUGGAAAGGCUGUGGAAUUUUGAUAUUUUGGUGUCUGCAGUUCAUCAUAAUGUCAACAUUGCAAAAGACGAUUCUGAAAGCAAAAUUGCCGCCAGUUGUGCCGGUUGCUUCAUUAGGAUCUAGGGGUGCUCGGCGUAGUGGCUUUGGCAAAAAGAGAGACUAUACACCAGUUCAAUGGAGUCGUUAUUUUAGUGAGCGACGUGAUGUUGCUGUAGAUGGAAACCAGUUUAGAGUGUAUUGUUUGGGUGAUAGUGGUCCACUGUUGGUGCUGCUUCAUGGCGGUGGCUUCUCAGCGCUGACAUGGGCCCUCUUCUCUUCCUCUGUGACAAGUAUGGUAGGUUGUCAAGUACUGGCUAUUGACUUACGAGGUCAUGGAGACACUAUAACGACAAAUGAAGAGGAUUUGUCUGCAGAGACCAUGGCAAGGGAUGUUGGAGAUAUUGUAAGGACCCUCUAUGACUCAGACCCACCUCCUGUAAUACUGAUUGGGCACAGUAUGGGUGGAGCAAUUGCCGUGCACACUGCCAGUGCUAACCUUAUCCCUUCAUUGAUUGGUCUUGCUGUGAUUGAUGUUGUGGAGGGAACAGCCCUAGAUGCACUGGCAAGCAUGCAAAGUUUCCUUCGUGGACGACCAACACAUUUUACAUCCUUGGAGAAUGCAAUUGAAUGGUGUAUACGAAGUGGACAAGUGAGAAAUAUUGAGUCUGCAAAAGUUUCCAUGCCUGGACAGAUUAAAAAUAGUAAGUCGGGUAAACUUGCGACAAAUGAUAUAGAUACAUAUGUACCUGUGGGCCAAGUGGAUGAGCGGCAGAGUGCAUUGUCUGGCGAUGCCAUUUGGGAAGAAGUAAUUGAAGCCUCAAACAGUGAAGGUCAUACAGCGGUUGCAGAUGUCUUCAAACAUCCAUCUGCUUUGGCAGACAAAGACAGUCAGACAUGGAGGUACGUGUGGCGAAUAGAUUUGGGUCAGACAGAGAAACACUGGUCUGGCUGGUUCAAAGGCUUAUCUAACACAUUCCUUAAUUGCCCUGUACCCAAAAUGCUGCUUUUGGCUGGAAUUGAUAGACUUGACAAGGAUCUAACUGUUGGUCAGAUGCAAGGCAAGUUCCAGAUGCAAGUGCUCCCACAGUGUGGACAUGCUGUGCACGAAGAUGUGCCAGACAAGGUUGCUGAAGUCCUGGCUACUUUCAUGGUCAGACAUAAGUUUGCAGAACCAGAAUCCAGUUUUGAAAGGACCUUCCCAGCCUGUUGAGGAAACUGUGGAAGGAAACUUGUUUUGUCACGUCCUCCAGUUGAACUACUGGAGGUGCUGUUGUCCUAAUUGCAUAAUUCUAUUAUAGUAAACCUGUGCCAGUGAAACAUUUGUGAAAGUGUUCAUAUUGUUUUCCCCUUUUGUCAUGUGGCACAUGAAUCCAGACUACAGAAUAACAAUGUAUUUAAUGUAAAAAUGUUCAUAAAUAGAAGGAACAUGUCAAGGACAAUGUCAAAACGAACAAAUGAUGAAACAAAGAAAGGUGAUGGGUAGUAAAACCGAGCCAUACCAAAAACACCCCGGAGAGCAGCGCAGUCUGCUGACAUGAUAGAGGAAUAACUAAAGUUAGUUUGUGAAAACAUGAAAUGAUGUAUAAAUAAAUAAUGCUAAACUUUC